UCUCUUGUCUAUAUGCUAGUAUGGUGUUUCAAAUUCAUUGUCUAUCUAAAUAUCCAAGCACCUCAGCUAUCUCAAUUCUUAAAACACUUUUUAGGUGCCUAGUUCUACAGACUAACAUUAACACCACAAAUUCCAAAAGCAUACCAAAUUACAUAUAACAAAUUUCCAAUCAAUUCAAAUCAAAAGUACUCUUAUCCAACCCAAAACUUCACCACAAACAAUUUGAAUAACAAAUCUCAAUUUUUGCAAUCUGAAUUCAUUCUGACAAAUGCAAUCUCAAUAACUCAUAAAACUAAUCAAAUAUCAAAAAUAAAAAGUAAAAUGAAUAAAGAAAUAGCUCAAAAAUAACUACCAAAAACAGUUAUCCAAUAUAUAUGACAAAAAUAAAUUGCCACCAGCUAAGCAGAACAUCAAACAAAUUGCCAUACAAAUAUUUAGCUCCCAAAGUUGACAGCAAAUAUUAACUAUAGCCUAUAAACAUGUGCCCCAUGGAAAAAAUAUAAUUAGAGUGACCAAGAAUGUAAAGCCAAAACACAAAGAAAGAUUAAUUGAAAAGCAUAGCACCACAGUACUUCCAAUGCAACACUUCAGGCAUCAGGCCAUAAGCUUCAAAAAAGUCAAGCAGAGCAACAAUUUGUACCUGAAUCCGGAGUCAAGCUCUAAAAAUGGGUGAAGGUUGAAGGAAAAAAUUGAAAUACCACCAUCAGUCUAUUCAUAAUUAACAUAUCAGACUGACUCACAACAAUGAUGCAGACUGUUGCAAUUCUAAAUCUAUCGGAUGUGUAUAAAUCUCUUGCAAUUCUAAAAUGUGUUGAUAGCUACAAGUUGGAAAAUUUUAAGUAUGUAAUGGGUGACCAACAUUAUAUUAUUUCUUCAAGAAUAUCCUAAUUGUUGUCAUUUUUUUUGUUCUUGGCAGAAAAGAAGCAUGCGUAGUAAAGAAUCACAUGUAAAGGCUAAAGUGAAGCCGAUUCAUACAACUGGUACUAAGAGUCAUGCACGUAUUCGUAAAGAGAUGAAAAAACAAUUGAACAAGAGCCCAACACGCACUCAAGUCUAUUUACAAUGUCAUCAACAUGAAAGAGAAGCGGAUAUAACGAACCAAAUUAAAAGGGUUGCAACUGAGGAGGGGGACCAAGAAGACUUAGAUGAUGAUCCUGUUUCAAAAGUGUUGGAAAAAGAUCAAUAUGGUCGUGUCCGUGGUUUAGGAUUAGGUGUUAAGCCGUCGGAUGUGGGUGAUUCAUCAUACCCUCGAUUUUGCAAUGGUUUAAAAAUGUCCUCCGAUAAUGAAGCAGCAAUUAUACAUUAUUUUCGUCGAUUGAAGGGUCAAGUGCACAGAUUGAAAAAUCGAGUCAAAAUCCAAGGAUUUACUAUUACAAAGGUGAAAAUGAAGCUCCAAGAUCAUAACAUUUUUGUCUCUAAUGAGUCUAACUCUGACUGA